UGUUAGUCACUUAAAUGUUGUACAGAGGCUGAGAUCAACCGGAGUCAAAUUCCUUGUUUGGCAUGCACAAACUUGGCUAGUAAAGCUCAUUCUGAUUCCCCAUUAGAAAAAAAACAGAUCAUGAAUAUUUAGAUUGGGGCUUCUUACAGUGGUGUAAAAGGAAUACAAAAGCAGGAUGUUUUUUUUCAGCAAAUAUUGAAUCUCCAAUGUGUGGCAAAUAACUUUUUUUAAUAAAAAUUAAAAAGUAUCGCCCAGCCCUAGCAUGAUGUUCCAGGAGGGGUCCAUACAGCUUGUGUGCCUCACAGCCAGCAGUGGGGUUCCCCUAUUCACAAGGGGGGCCUCCAGGCAGCUCCCCUUCUCAGUCAUUGGUUCCCUCAAUGGCGUUCACAUGUUUGGAAGUGGACAAGGGGUCGUGUUGUCCAGCUGUGAGACUGAGGGUGGCGGGAGAGUAGUGUGGCGAGUCUUUCAGGACAGCGUGAUGCUCAUCGCUGUGAGCGCGAGUCACCAGGCAGGUCAGGGUGCGGACAGCAGCAAAGGGGAGCACCUGCGUCUCCAGCGCCUUCUGGAGAACGUGUGGAGCUGCAUGGUAAUGGUGCUGGGCCAGGAUGAGCUGGUCAACGCCAGGAACCUGGAGCGUCUGAAGAAGGACCUGCGCUCUUGCUUCAGCCUAAUUGACGAGCUGUUGGAGGAGCGGCGCCCUGGCAUCCUGGGCCAGCUGACGCAUUGUGCCGACUGUCUGCUGCCCCCGCAGCCAUCCCUCCUCCAGGAGGCCGUGCAGGGCUUCACCAAAGCCGCCGACAGCGAGUUUGGCUGCCUCCUGAUCCACGGGCGGGUCGCCGCCGCCACAGAGAUGUGGUGGCGCCUGGCCCCUCAGGAAAUAGUUCUGCUCUUGGCUUUAUUGCGGGCCCUUUCUGACUCUGGCGCCGCUUCCUGCGACUACCCGGUGUUUCUCCCUCAGGGCAGCCCCACCGUUGCCCACCGUCUCCUUCGCUUUCAGCUGCUCCCAGGGGCCGACGUGUGCGUGCUGUGUGGCCCCACACCGUCCUUGCAGGGUGCCGAAAGCACCCUUGUGUGCCGCUUCUGGUCACCCCUGACGGACACCCUGAGGAACUGCCUCACCGUUGGCGAACACUGCCUUCCCACAUCUGUCACCUUGCGCCCCGACGUCCUGGCCUUCCUCCUCAUCCACCGCGAGAGCCAUCGCUCCAUCUCCUGCGCGCCCAGCCACUCGUGCGCCCGCCCCCAAAGUGACCCGCCCUCGCCCUCCGAGGCUCGCUGCUGGGAGCUCCUAAAGCUCUUCUACAUUUUCUGCACGACGCGCUACUUCAAGCAGGAGGAAGCCGAGGCUGCCGAGGAGGUGGAGGGGGGCGCCCACCCGGAGAACACAGAGGACUUUGUACGUGGAUUCUCUCACCAGCCACUGAAGUGUUAUUUGGUCACAGAUGAGUGUAAAUGUUUUGCGCUGCAGACACCGCAGCACCAACUCUUUCUUCUAACACCGCUAACGGCACCGACAUUUGCCCUGAACACCAUUGCCGCACAAACUCUCUCAAGUAUCACUGCUGCUACUAGCUUCUAAUGAACUCAUUUCUGACGUCCACCAAAGCCUGAUUAUUUCUGUGAAUUAACAACCUGUAUCAGCUUUGUGAGCACGCCCUUUGGACGCAAGUUUUGUCCAAAAGGCACAGGCGAAUGAAUAAUUGUCACCUCUACAGUUAAAUCAAUUUACAGGGAAGACUUAUUCUGCCUGCAAAGAUGAUCAUGCUUAACAGUAUGUUUAGUAUGGUGGAGAGAUCUACUGUAUAUGAAUGACGAGUAUAUGCUAUGUGAAACUAUGUGAAGAGUAUUAUGAUAAAAACACAGCUAAAAUAUA